AUGUAUGUUUUCCUAUUAUUGCUUGCCAUGAUAUUGGCAAAUGAAACAAGUAAUAAAAUUUAACUAUUUUUAUUAGUGAGGUAAAUUAGCUUAAAUGAAGUAAUUGAUGAUGCAAUUGAUGCCUAUGAUUAUAAAGUAUAUAGAUUAUAAUUGCACAAUCCAGAAAAAAUAUAAAAUCGUACUUUGAUAGUAUAAUUGUUACCAUAGAUUGGAAAUCCUAAGAUAGCAGUAGAUUGUGAUACGUAUUUAUGAAUAAUGAAUAAUAGAGAACCAAAAUUAUUAGAUUAUUAUGAAUGGUAAACAGAAUCUUGGUUCAUGUAAUAACUCACAAUAUCUUAUUAAGAAAGAUAAGCAGUUAAUUGUACAGAUAAUUAAUUCUAUAUUGGUGUUUCUAGUGAAGUUGUAUCUGGCUAUUAAUUGGUUAUAUAUAUUUUGGAUGGUAUCUAAUAAUUAGAAUACAAUAUUCCACUAAGGUAAAAUUAUAUUUAAAUAAUAGUGGUGAAUUAGUAGAGAAAGAGAUUCUCCAAUUUAAAUUGAAACCAAUCUAAUCAAUUGAUUAAAUUACUUUAUAAAUUACUGCUAAUUAAGCAGACAAGUUCUUAAAAUAAUGCAUUAAUGAGGAUUGUUAGAUCACUAUAAAUGAUUAUGAAGGUAAUAAUACUGAUACAGCUUUUCAUUUAACUUAAUCAUCUAUUUCAUUUGUACAUCAAAAUUGUUAAGAUUGUUAUUAUUUAAUUGGAUUAAAAAGUGAUUCUAAAACAUAAUUUCGUAUACUAGCCAAACAUUAAGAAUAACAUAUAGUUUUAAGAGAGGGACAAUAAGAACAAUAUCUUGUUGAAGAAGGAUUCUAUAUUUAUUAUUUGUAUAACAUUCCAAAUGAUACUAAUAUAAAAAGUGUGAAAUUUCAAAUAACUCAAUAUAAUGGAUCAUGUAUGUUAUAUGGUAGUUCAUCAGAGUAAUAUCCUAAUAUUACUAAUUUUGAAAUGAUAAGUUCUUCAUAAUUGAAAGUAAGUAAUGCUAAAACUUUUUAUUUAAGUGUUUUUGGUUAUUCUCAAUGUUAAUAUGGUAUUUACACUUAAGUAGAGAGAUAUUAAACCAUCAAUUAAACUUAUUUUAUACAAUUAUAAAGUGGAGUACCAUAAAAAUAUUUAUCAGGUGAUUAAUACAGUUUCUUUUAUAUUUAAUUACCUUAAAAAUAAAACUUUACUAUUUCAUUAUAAAAUAUUGAAGGCAACUUUAUUAUGUAUGUUAAAUCUAAUCUAAAAAAUAAAGAAAUACCAGAUAGCAAUAGUUAUUAAUGGAAGGAUUCAAAAUAAAUAGAAAUUAAUAUUGAUGAUCCUAAUUAUGCAACAUAAUAUUAUAUUGGAGUACAGAAUUUAAAUGAUCAUGGAGAAUUUAUCAUCCAAUAUAGUAUGCAUGGAGAUAUUGAAUUUUAUCAAGUAGGAUAAUAGAUUAUAGGAACUGUAGCUCAGAAAAAGUUUAGAUAUUAUAAAAUACCUAUGGAAUCUAGAAAUCUGACAAUUACUAAGGAUAUUUACUCAGGCAAUGAUGUAAGUGAUUUAGACAUGUUCAUUUCAUUUGAUCAAAAAAAUACACAUCCAAAUAUCAAGCAUUUCGACAUUUAUCUAAUUGGUAAGAAUUUAACUAUUCCUGAUUCGGAUUUAUAAUGUCAAUAAAAUACUACAAAAAUAAAUGAAAAGAAUCUAUGUUAUAUAUACAUAUCUGUAUCAUCAUCAUCAGGAACUAUCUUCUACACCAUCUCAACAAAAUAUAAUAAUAGUAGAAUCUAAUUGCAUGAAGGCUAUCCACAAACUGUCACUUUUGACUAAGAGACUCUAUUCUAUUAUAUCCUCAACAAUAAGGAAGUUUCAUUAUAAUGGUAUUCCUAUGGAGGAAGCCAAGCAAAUGUUGAAGCAUAUUAUGGUAAUAAAGAUAAUUCUGAUUUGAGAUAUGAAACAUUCAAAUCAAAUUCUUAUUUCGCUUAAUUUUAAAGUUUUACUAUCCCAGAAACUGAGAAAUAUUAAAUAUUGUAUGUACGGGUUCAACCAAUAGAGCCUCACUAUCAGAAUGACACCUAUACCAUUGGUGUCUAUGAAGGAGUCAAAUUACUGACUCUAUCAGAUCCCAUAAUUGACAAUGUUCAGAAGGGCUAAACUAAAUAUUAUAAGCUUAGUUUAACAUAGGAUGUUAAGUCAAUAGAAGUUAGUAUUCAUAUCAAAGGUGGUGGGGAUCUUGCUACUGCUAGAAUCUCUAAAGGGAAAGACAAAAGACCCAGUCUAUUUGAAUUCGAUCUAGAUUGGACAGAAAUUGUUGGAUCUACUUACAUUCUUUAAGAAGAAAAUGAUCGUUAUAUAGCAAAGGAUGAUUAUAUUAUUGGAGUGAUUGGGCAUUUUGACUGUGAAUUUUAAAUUAGUUACAAUAUUGAUGAUGCCAAAUAUUUUAAUGCUUUUCUUGGGUAUCCAUUUGAUGUCCUAUUCCCUGAGAAUAUACCUCAUUAUUACAUUUUUAGAGAUAAUCCAAGUGAUUAGGAAUAUAGAAUCAUAUUGUUUGCAAUGCAAGGUAAAUUAUAAAUAAGAGCCAAAAAAUUGGAUUCUUUUGAUGAUGAAACUAUAAUUAGCAAUAAUGAUACUUUAUUUAUUGAUUAAAUUGUUGAUAAAUAAAAUUCAUUUAAAGUGAAGACUUGUGAUAAAGUUAGUUGCAUUUAUUUAAUUGAAAUAAUAGCAGUUUCAGGUGAUAGUAAAGGUUUGAUUGAAUUCAGCAGUCCAUAAUAUUAAACUACUUUAUAUGAUGAUCUUCAAUGGAGAGAAGUUUUGACUGAAUCAGAGUUUUCAUAAUAUCACUUUUAUUCAAAUGAUAAUGUUCAAAUCAAUAUUUAAAUGAUAAGUGGUGAUAUCAAAUUGUAUUUAAAGGAAGGCCAAGAACUUAAACAUAAUGAUGAAGCAGAUUAAACAUAGAGAAUUUAAAAUGAUACUUAAGUUCUUUUUAAAAAAAAGGAUUCAUCUGUAUCAUUGAUUACAAUUAAAGUUGAAUCUUUAUCACCAGUAUCUAUUUUUAAAAUUAGUGCAGCCAGAUUCUAUAAACAAACUUAUAAUAUUUAUUUGGGUCAAAUGAUGACUUAUUAUGUACGAGCUGGUGAGACUAUUUAUCUCUAAUAUUAAUCGAUCACUCAAAUAACUAAUAAUUAAUCUAAAUAUAUCACAUUACAAAUCUAAAAUAUUCAUUAAUCUAUAGACAAUUUAUAUUUCGAUAUUUCACAUAAUACUAUAAAACCUAUUAAUUAUUUUAAUAAAUAUCCUAAAGCUAUUUCAUAUCAUUUGUAUGAUUAAUUUGGUUUGUAUGAAAUUUCCAUUAAAGCUUUACAUAAUAAUACAUAUAUUAGAGUAAUCAUUACAAAUGGUGAAUUAAAUGCUUUAAUUGAUAGUAUAUCACAAUAUUAAUUAACUAAAAUUGGAUAACCAAAUUAUUAUGAAGUCUUUUUACAAUAAAAAUCUAAAUUAUUCUUAGAAGUAUUCACUUGUUCUGGAUCUAUUUUAGUAUAAGGAACUAACAAUUAAACUAACCUUGCAAAAUCAAUAUUUGAAAUUUAAGUAAUGAAUUCUUCAUAAGAACAUAUUCAAUCAAUCUUAUAACUUGAAGCAGGAACAUAUUAUUUUCUUGUGAAAUUGAUAUCAAGUCAUGAAUAAGAUGAUAAUAAGAAAAAGAUUUCAUCAUAUUUUAUAAAAUAAUAAACCUUUGAUUAAGGAGAAAUAAUUCCAUAAACAUCUUUUGAAAUUAGUGAUAAAGUUAUAGAUUGGUAUAAAGUGGAUGAUUAGUUGAUCAUCCAUAUCCCAAAUCUUAUAUAAAUAAAAAAAGAUAUUUAAAUAAUCCAUGUAUAUUUUGUUGUUAGGAUGCAAUAAGCAAUUGGUGAGAAGAGUCUUGCAUGCAUGUUUGAAUCUAAUUAUGUUAAUAACAAGACCAAUAUUUAUGGUAAAUAUACAUAGAUUGUUGAUUAAAGCACUGAGAGUAACAUUACAACUGUUACUUUUACUACAAAAGAUCAAUAAACUAAGUAUUUGAGUGUAGUUGGUAAAGUGUAAUUGCAAAUAGAGAAUGAAAUUGAAGAACUCACGUAUCCAUUACCAAUAAUAGAAAUGAAUUAUACAAACAAUUUGUAAGAAUCUACUCAAUAAUGGAUCUUGCUAGGUGUAUUUCUGACAAUCUUGCUUAUAGCAGGGUUUUUCAUUUACUUUAAUAUAAAAAAAUAAGUGCAUCAUUAAAACCAUAACACACUCAAUAUUGAAAUGAAUUAUUAAACAUUUAAUAAUUGA